AUGACUCGAUUUGUUCUUACCGGUUUCUGUCCAAAAGGUAGAAAAUGUGAAGAUGGAACUAUCAAUAAUAAGUAUCCAAUGAUAGAAUUAGAUAACGACAACUAUUCUUAUAGGACCGAUAAAAAUGUUGAAUUUUCAGAUAGUGUGUUGAUUAUUCAGGGAGAUUCAACGAAUGAUUAUAGUACUCAAUAUACCAUUGAUAGAGCUGAAGAGUUAAAAAAGAAAUUGAAAAUUGUGAAUGUGUUCGCAACGAGAAAAAGUAAUUUAUUAGGAGCAGAGCAAACCCAAGUGAAAAUGAUUUGCAAAAAGUUUAUGAACAAUAUUUGUGAUGAAAUUCUUCAUAAUAAUAGAUUUCUGAAAAUUUUUCAAAAAAUGUGUGAGAAAUGUGCUAAUGUUGAAAUGGUCCUUUUAAAGAAAAAGAGCGAAUUAACUAAAAUUUUACCAAUAAUAAGAUCUGACGAGUGUCUGUUAGUUCCCACUAAAGUAAAUGGAGUUAAUAUGUUCAAACACAAUUAUUUAUUUGAAAGGUUUAAAGUUAAAUUAGAAAUUGAGACACCCGUGAGUUAUGCAUUACUCUCGAUACAAAAUGAUAUUUCGGGCAUAGAAGAAUUGUAUAGUCACGAAUCGGCUUUUGAAGAGUACAAGAAUUGGAUUUGUAUGAAGUUACCAAACGUUAGGAAAAUAAAUGUUGAAUCAACCAGCGAAGCGGCAAAAAUAGCUUCGUUUUCUCAUUCAGCGUCGCUUUCAAAUAUAUUAUGUUCAAGGUUAUAUGAUCGUAAUAUCUUAGAAACAGAUAUUUGUGAUUUUUCAAAUAAUAAAACCACAUUUGUAUUUGUGAGCAAUCACGAAGGAUUAAAUAAAUUAAUAAAAUUUUAA